AUGAUCUUCAAAUCUUUCCUUCUCUCGUCGCUUUUGGCCACUGGCCUCGCGUUAUACAUACCACAUGAGGAUAUCACGAGCAAAGAAUGCGAUUGCUCGGGAAAGCAUGUUCGUAAGAACGACAACCUCGGGCGUAUCUACGUCUGCGGCGAUGAACGCCUUGGGCCUAGAGACCUCCCCACGAAGCUCCCUCUCAGCACAUUUGUCACUGGUUAUGACCGUUUCGGAGGCUUGACUCCAAACGAGUUUCUUGAGAAGUGGUGGGAUAACACGACCAGACCUGAUGGCAAAAAGCCAGUUGGCUGGAAGUACCCGCUGAAGAACGGUUUUGAGUUGGACGAUGACGAACGGCCCAUCAAGGCAAACGUGAAUCUCACGCCAGGAACUCUGGUUGAUAGGUUCGGAGAGCCAACUGCACCCUUUUCUCAAAGAGCUCUUCACCCUGGGAAUCUCAUCACUGGGGAGAACCAGGAGUUCCCCAACAAUUAUCACGUGUACAAGGUGACCAAAGCAUUCACUGUUCAGGCAGGACCUAUCAGACCGUGGUUUGGCCAGCCAGGUUAUGGCGUGCAGUUCUUCCUUGGUGUUGGUAUUACGGUGAACGACUACCUGGACAACGGAAGUUUAGUUCAACUCAACGCAUCAGCCUUGAUUAGGGAGGCAAAGCAGUGCGCAUUGAACCGAGGAGAUAUUGACUUAGAGUCAGAAGAACUAUAG